UUAGUUUUUUUAAGAAAAUACCAACUAUAAUAACUAACCUAGGGUUAAUCCUUUACAAAAAAAAUCCCACACAUUUCAAUCCCUCAUCUCUCAGCCGCUCUUUUCCGCCGCCACCAAAACCUCCCAAAAAUGUCAGCCGACACCGUAGAAGAAGCCAGAUUUUCUCAACGAGUUCCGAUCCGAUCAAUCGUCAGCCUUCCAGACGGCGGCGCAGGACUCGCCGGACAAGUCAUCAAAAUCGGCGGUUGGGUAAAAACGGGAAGAGAACAAGGAAAAGGUGCCUUCGCUUUUCUCGAAGUGAAUGACGGUUCAUGUCCGGCGAAUUUACAAGUAAUCGUUGAUGCUGAAGUGCAUAAACUUAGUGAAUUGGUACCUACGGGGACUUGCGUACAUGUUGAAGGGGAAUUGAAAGUUCCGCCGGAAGGUGCGAAGCAGAAAAUUGAACUUAGGGUUAAGAAAGUGUUGUCUGUUGGUACUGUUGAUGCUGCUAAGUAUCCAUUGCCGAAGACGAAAUUGACGCUGGAGUUUCUGAGAGAUUUUGUUCAUCUUCGAUCCCGAACGAACACGAUCUCUGCCGUAGCAAGAAUCCGUAAUGCAUUAGCUUAUGCCACUCAUACGUUCUUCCAGAACGAGAGGUUUCUUUAUAUCCACACACCAAUCAUCACAACAAGUGAUUGUGAGGGUGCUGGUGAGAUGUUUCAAGUUACUAGUUUGCUAAGCGAAGCUGAAAAGUUGGAGAAGGAUCUGAAAGAGAAUCCUGCUCCUUCAGAAGCUGACAUUAACGCUGCUGAGCAACUUGUCAAAGAGAAAGGUGAGGCAGUUGCUCAGCUUAAAGCUAGUAAGGGGACCAUGGAGAAAACCGAUGCCAAUAUUGCGGACAUCAACAAGCAAAUCAGUGCUGCAGUUGCUGAGCUACAAAGAGCAAAAGAGAAUCGCGAUAAGUUGCAAGAGAGAUUUAAAUUGGGAGAAAGAUGUAGACUGUCUGCUGGUAUUCCUAAAAAAGAUGGGAAGGUUGAUUACGCUGAGGAUUUCUUUGGACGACAAGCUUUCUUGACAGUGUCUGGCCAACUCCAAGUUGAGACCUAUGCAUGUGCACACACUGGUGUGUAUACUUUUGGACCAACUUUUCGGGCCGAACAGUCCCACACUACUCGGCAUCUUGCAGAGUUCUGGAUGGUGGAGCCUGAAAUUGCUUUUGCUGAUAUCAAGAAUGUUAUGGAUUGUGCUGAGGCAUAUGUGAAGUUUCUGUGUCAGUGGUUACUCGACCAUUGCCUUGAUGACAUGGAAUUUAUAACUAAAUUUAUAGAUAAAGAUGCUCUGAGUAGACUUAGAAUGGUUGCCUCAUCGAACUUCCAUCGGAUAACUUAUACAGAGGCCAUAAAGAUUCUCGAGGGAGCAGCUAAAGUGAAGAAAUUUGAAAAUAAAGUAGAAUGGGGGAUUGACUUAGCAUCUGAGCAUGAAAGAUAUUUGACUGAAGAGCAUUUUAAGGCACCUGUUAUUGUGUACAACUACCCCAAAGGGAUAAAAGCAUUUUACAUGAAGGUGAAUGAAGACAAGAAGACAGUUGCUGCCAUGGAUCUUCUUGUACCAAAGGUGGGUGAACUAAUUGGAGGAAGCCAAAGAGAAGAGGAUUAUGAGGUCCUCAGAUCAAGGAUACUGGACUUGGGUCUACCACUAGAGCCAUAUGAGUGGUAUCUGGACCUGAGGAGCUAUGGUACUGUAAAACACGGUGGUUUUGGUUUAGGCUUUGAGCGAAUGAUUCUGUUUGCCACCGGGAUAGAGAACAUUCGGGAUGUCAUUCCCUUCCCUAGAUAUCCAGGGAGAGCCGAUCUUUAAAUGAGAUAUCGAUAGACACAGCUGCCUAGUUUUUUUUUAGAAUUUAUGAUACCAUUUUCAAAAAUUGUAAUUGCUAUCGACAAGUUUCAAACAAAUUCAGAUGCAGGAAACCUGUAUCAUAUUGUAAACUCCCAGGGGGGGAGCGCACUCUGGUUUUUGUUGACUGUUUUUGUGUAGUUGGUACAUCGUAUUAAUUCAAUCUACUUUCAUAGUUUGACCAA